AUGCUCGCUUGUGCGGCUAACGCCUUGUCCGCUCCCGUUAUUCCUGGCGCAGAGGUCACGGCGUUUGAUGUUGGACUGGUCAAGAACUACAACGCCACGGCAUCUCAAUAUCUCUACUACGGCCAUCCGACGGUUGUCGUUGAAAACGCCAGUUUUUGCAACAUCACCGUGACAUAUACCCAUCCUGGCGCGAACGACAGUGUUCACGUGGAAACAUGGCUUCCUGUCGAUAAUUACAACGGCCGGCUCCAGUCGAUCGGAGGCGGCGGCUGGGUCGCGGGACGAUACCCUCCAACCUAUCCUGCGAUGGCGGGAGCUAUCGGCCAAGGCUAUGCAACGUCGACCACAGACGCGGGUCUCUUGGUGCAGGCUGACUACGGCCCAGACAUUUGGGCUCUGACCAAGGACGGGCGCCCCAAUAUGCAACUCUUGACCAAUUUCGCGUCGCUCUCGUUGAAUGAGCAGGCUAUUGUUGCCAAAGCUCUCAUCGAAGCCUUUUACGGUCAGCCUCCAGAGUAUUCCUAUUACAAUGGCUGCUCACAAGGCGGGCGACAGGGCAUGGCUCUCGCUCAGCGAUAUCCCGACGCCUACGAUGGCAUACAUGCAGGCGCUCCCGCCAUCUUCUGGAACAAUUUGAUGUCCUACCUCUUCUGGCCUCAGCUGUACAUGAAUUUAAUCGGCGCAUACCCGUAUCUUUGCGAGUUCAAGGCCUUGGCGGAGGAAGCUGUCAAGGCCUGUGAUCAUCUCGAUGGCGUGGAAGAUGGAAUCAUUGCGGAUGAUGGCGCAUGCACAUUUGAUCCGUCAUCCGUCGUCGGCCGCGCGUUUCUCUGCGCUGAUACCGGCAAAGCCAAGUUGAUCUCAUCGGAAGCAGCGCAGGUGGCAAAUGCCACCUGGUCGGGGCCGAGAACGACGGAGGGGAAGCUAAUGUGGUACGGAAGUAACAUUGGCAGCCCGCUUUCCGGCUCAGCAAUUACUGAUCUAACAAACGACAUUGGCCCAGCGAGGACUCGAUGCUUUCAGAAUGGUUCGUGCAUCGGCGAGCCACUCGGUCUUGGUGAGGCGUGGAUCAAGUAUUUCGUGGAGGCUGAUCCAACCUGGACAUACAAGAACAUGACACAUGAGAGCUUUCAGAACUACUUUCACAAGGCCAACAUGCUAUACGACUCUGUAAUUGGGACGCAGGAUUCUAAUUUGAGCGCCUUUCACCGUCGAGGCGGCAAAAUGCUGACCUAUCACGGCAUGAGCGACCAGAUUAUUCCUGUCAAAGGCACCGAGCACUAUCACAACUUGGUCAGAGAGCAAGUUCCCGAGGUAAAUGACUUCUAUCGCCUGUUCAAGGUCCCGGGGCUUCUGCAUUGCGCUGGUGGACCGGGGGGGCAGCCGACAAAUACCUUUGAUGCCUUGCGAGCAUGGGUUGAGAAUGGAUCAGUGCCUGAAACCAUUUCUCAUGCGUACACCACUGCUGCCGGUCGCAAACAGGAGCGUCUUCUAUGCCCCUUUCCCAUGAAAGCACAGUUGAAAGCCUGUGCUCACUCUGGGAAGAAGAAGACUUUUACAGCCAAGGACUAUGAGUGCGUCCAAGGAGACGAGGAAGAUCGCUAUGGUGUCAUGAGACAGCAUGCGGACUUUUCAUGGACCGCAGUGGCUCCGAAAAGUCAGAGAUGA